AUGCUUAUCGGACGAACACGAACAGGCAAAUCGACUAUCAAAGCAUUACUAGUCGAUCCAACGAAAAUACCCGAUGAAAUGAUGCUUAAAUCGGGUACAAGAGAGCCUCUGUUCGAAUCGUUUCAUUCAUUGCAAAACAACAUUGUAUUUAACAUUAUCGAUACACCAGGUUUAUUCGAACGUGGUCCGAAAGACGAAAUGACUAUUCGAGACAAUGAAACAAUCUUGAAAACAAUUAGCAUGUGUGUCAAUAUGGAAAUUACAAAAUUUCAUGUAAUUUGUUUUUGUAUGUCUCUUACAAGCGGUAUCAAUCAAGAAGAUAUUAAGUCACUUGAAUUGUUGGUAGAUUUUCUUGGUAAAGAAUUAUCAGACAAUUCGUGUUUAAUCAUAACACAUUGUGAAUCAAAAACUAAAGAACAACUAAAUGCUCUUCGAAAGGAAUUAGUAGAAGAUAUGUUCUUUAAAAAUAUCGCAUCAUUUUUCAAAUUAGGAAUUUUUUUUUCUGGUUCACUCAAUCGAGACGAUUAUAAUCAUGGUAAUGAGAAUCUCUUAGACCAAUUCGUUACGAUAUCUGAAUAUCGUGAAGAGUUAAUUAAAUUAUUUACAAGUGAAAUUAAAACAUAUCCAAUUUGUAAGAUGUUAUUCAACAGAUCAUCACAUGUUGCUGACAUCCAAAAACAACGAGAGAAGGAAGCUAAUGAACGAACUGAAGAGCAGCAACGUCUUAUCGAUCAGUUAACAACUAUACAAGCCAAUGAUCAAGCACAAGUUAAAGAAAUCGUACAACGCUAUCGUGAAUCAGUUAGGCGCGAGGAAAAGGCACGUGCUGAAAGCAAAUAUUACUUGGACAGUUAUGAAAACUUACUUCGUUAUGUAGAGAAAAAGACAAAUGACUAA